AUGUCUCCACACGGCCGGCAUGAAGCACGAGCUUCUGCCCAUUCCUUUACAUCUACAGUCCAGACGGAGAGCACAAAACCGCCGCCAAUCCCUCCAGCACGAUUCUGGAUUCUAUGUGUCGGAGUAUGUCUGGGCCUCUUUCUCUCCAUGGUGGACACGUCCAUCGUCGCAACAUCCCUCUACGCCAUCGGCACCGAGUUCCGUGACCUCAACAACGUCAACUGGGUCGCUCUCUCCUACACCCUCGCGUACAUGGGCUUUGCCAUCGUCUUCUCUCGCAUAUCAGACAUCACCGGGCGCCGAGAUGCCUUUGUCGUCGCGUACGUCGUCUUCGUGGCCUUCUCGCUCGCAUGCGGGUUCGCCCAGAACUUGGCGCAACUCAUCGCCUUUCGGACGCUUCAGGGCAUAGGGGGCUCGGGGCUGUAUUCCCUGUCCAUGAUCAUGUUGUCGGAGCUCAGUCCGGCUCAUUUGAGACAUGGUCCCAUCGGGGCGGCAUCGUUGGCCACGUUCGUCCUCGGCUGGCCGAAUAGGAGAUACCUCCCGCCUCAUGAAAAGCACUCAUGGAAACAACUGGACUACCCCGGAGCUUUCCUCACCGUUGCCGCCGCCGUUCUUGUCGUCUUUUCUUUCCAAAAUGCCGGCCAAACAACCGGGACCGCAUCCCACGGCAGCAGCUGGGGCUCGGCCGUCUUCAUUGCGCCCCUUGCCGUCGGCGUCGUUUGCUGGGGCGCCCUGAUGCUCUGGGAAUACGCCGUUGAAAACGGCCUGUCCAGACGGUUUAUCCCAGUCCUCCCCCUUGGGAUCUUUCGCAGCGUCGUGUAUACCUCUGGGGUCAUAAACACCCUCCUUCUGGGGCUGCCAUACUUGCUCUUGAUCUACAUUGUCCCACUGAGGAUCCAGAUUGUUGGGGACAAAUCUGCUCUGUUGGCCGGUGUUAUGCUGCUGCCAAUGCUGGUUGCUGUUGCUCUGGGCAGCAUUGUCAGUGGCGCAGUCAACUCAAAGACCCCGGGCAUUACGGAAACACUGUUGGCAGGCUCGUGUUUGAUGUUGUUGGGCUGCGGACUGUCAACGACAUUGUCCACUCAGGAACUUGAUAGCGCGAAGCUGCUGGGGUUCAUUGCGCUUUGCGGAAUGGGCUUCGGCCUCACGGUGUCGUCAAGCACAAUGAUUGCAUCCAUCAAGGUGGCGCCAAAGCAUUACGGCAAGUACCCACCGGCCCAGGGAAUUCUUGCUCAAUUGCGUAUAUUUGGCGGCAGUUUGGGAAUCGCGGCGUCGACAGCCAUACUCCGGACCAAGACACACAGAGGCCUACUGCCCGUCGGAAAACGAGGUUCCCAGGCGCAUGGUUCGCAAAGCCAGUUGGCCAAGAUGACGUUUGCAGAGGCAUUUCGAACGGACAUGAUGGUAGCAACGGCAGUUUCGGGAGCUGCAGUGAUGGUAGCACUUGUCGCGUACUGGCUGCGCCGCAACAAUCAGUCUGCACCUGAUGGACGACCCCAGAAAAAGGGACGAAUGACGAAGACGAAUGAUGUGGAAGCAUGA